GGUGACGCGACGCGACACGUCGCACUUGAUCGCACACUGCCAGUUCUCCACAUCAUGCAGCUGUUCAACUGGCUCUCCGCCCUUGCCUUCGGCUUGCUUGUCUCUGCUGCUGAACCCCCCACCGAGCUCAAGAUUGACACGACGUAUCUGCCGGCAGACUGCUCCACGAAGGCGCAGAAGGGAGACGCGAUCAAAGUCCAUUAUACGGGCACGCUUUUCUCUAACGGGAAUAAGUUUGAUUCAAGCGUCGACCGUGGUGAACCGCUGCCUCUGACACUGGGUGUCGGACAGGUCAUUCGCGGCUGGGACGAGGGUCUCAUCGGCAUGUGUCGUAACGAGAAGCGCACCCUCACCAUCCCGUCCCACCUGGCUUAUGGAUCUCGCGGGUUUGGAAACGUUAUACCUGCCAACUCUGCACUGGUCUUCGACGUGGAGCUUGUCGGCUUAGACACCAAGGGUCCUCGUGAAGAGCUCUAAGUGGAAUGUCAACGUAAUACCGUGAUGUUAUAUCGGUACUUCACAACUACUCCAGUUGGCACCUGCCCACUCGUUACUGACUG